CAGUGGAAACCGCCAGUAACGCAAUUCAACUGUUAUUUCUCUUAAAUAUGUCUGCUAAAUCCCGACAUGAAAGCAAAAUGUGGGCUCUCCGUUGCGAACACCCGCUGCUGCCCUCGUCGUCCACAGAGGUGGAACUCUCCGCGGACUCUCCGCGAAUCACUGUUUGUCGUCUCAACCAUUUUGGUGGCAUAACAACGCAACAGUGAGGCUGUAUUUAAAUUACAAAUGAGCGAAUCAUUUCUAAAGAAGAAGCUCCAAUGUCGUACUGCAAAGGCGGUCAGUGAGCUGCAGAGUUGGCCUGAAUGAGGUGUAAUUGUGUUUGGCUUUGAUUUUCUGAAGAAUUGGGUCCGUUUUCAGGACACCUCCGAGCUCAUGUCACAGAUGUAUCCGUCAGUUGUUGCAAUGCUCACAUGUGCAACUGAAUGCCUGAUAUGUGGAGUUGAACCGCUGUCACUGUAUUUGUAGCAUUCAAAUGUUCCACCAAAAAGUUGUUUUGCAAUGUUUAAAACGUGAACUAAAAGUAUUUCUGAAAAACAAUCAAUACUCUAAUAUAAAUCAACUGUUUGCUAUUCAAAAAAUCUAAAAUAUUUGCAUUAAGUUAGUCAAAUUUGGCCAUUUUUGGGCCUAAAAAGUCAGAUUAAAGGCAAUGGUGGGCUGUUUAUUUUUGGCAUCAUUGGGCAAAAAUUCCAUAACAGCCUUACAGCAUAAUGUGAUUUAAGUGGUCUGAGAGACAACUACAUUUCUAUACCUCCUCUUGGCUCUGUUUUCAGGCUUUAGAAAGUCUAGCACAUGACAAGAAACCAAUGAAUUGGCCAAUCGAAGGUCAGUAAGAAAGUGUUCAUAUAUGAAGACCUGGGAAUGAGAUUUUACAAUCACUGUCUCCAAAAUUGCUUACUGCACCCUUUUAAAAUGGAGUAAUACUGGAUUUAUUACAUUUCGACAAUAAAAUUCAAGAUAAAAAUCGAAUAUUUCAAUGCUAUGAAUUCAGUGCUAUUUAUAAUGAAUGAAACUUCAAGUAUUCAGUUGUGAUUAGGGCUGUCCUGGUUUUAAAAAAUGAACAAGAUCGAAUCUAACGCAAAAUUCUCGCAUAACCCAUCCAGGAUCUGAACGUUUCAAGGGUUAAACUGAAGAUUAUGAAUACAGUGUAAGACCUAGUUUACAUCUAGACUGGCAUAUGAAGGAAAACUGGAAUUGGUUCCAUGGCUGUUUUGUUUUGUAGUUGUUACAGCAUGAUCAAUAAAUUAAACUGAAAAAUGCAACUUUAUACAAAACCUGUCAAAAAUUCAGAAUUACUGGAGUUGAGAUAUUUUAAAAGCCCCUGCUAUCUCUAACUAAGUGACUAAAUAAUAACACAGAAACAUCCUGUGGACCCAGACUGCAUGCCUGGUGAGCAGCUAAGGCAGUUGCAUUUGGAAUAGUCAGUAAUCAGCCUUGCCUUCAUACGCAGCUUUAUUGAAUCCAAAAGGCUUAAAUUACCUCUCAAGUGAUUUGGCGCAACUUUUGUUUUUUCAAUUUUGUGUUAUCAAAAAGAACAACAAACUUGUUUACUGAUAAGGCAACAUAAACAUCUUUCACUGGAUAAACAACCCAUGUCGUGUUCACACUGUUUUUGUUUUGAAGCGACUCCCCUUACAGAAUAUACCUGUAAAGUUUGGCGCAGUUGUUUGAAUUUGAAAUAAAAGGGGCAUUCUUGUGCUCACAGUGAGGUAUUCAGUUUUAUUUGAUUUGUUAUGGCAUGUCUUUACUUCCGUAUAUUUACAGUCCAACAUUUAAUCCAUGCCUGUAAAUGUGUUAUGGCAGAUUUCAUCUUCAGUAUAUUCAGUUUUAGAAAUGAAUGUCUUUCCACAGAUAUUAAUCUAGAAUCUGCUGUAACUAUCUCCCAUAGGUAAAUAUCCAGAAAGCACUUAUGACGAUAUGAGAAUAGAAUAUGUGAGGUAUUUCUCUUUCACAGACACAUCUUCACUCUCAUUACAUUACCAGUACUACCUGAAACAAAUGCGGUACCCUCUGACAGGCUGUUAUUGCCAUCAUCUCUUCAAUCCUGCCACCAUGGACUGUCUAUGCAGGUUUUCACUACACUUUUGUCUCCAAAGUGUACUCUUUAUCAACUCAAGGUUACAAGACGUGGCUGAAAAGCUCUCAGUAUACACUCUCUGCAAUUCCCCGUUGCAUAAUUACGCUGCCACACACCGUAUCUGAACAAUUCCCAGUGUUUUAGAACGUGGAGUACCCGAUCAUCCAUUUUUACUGCAGGUUUACUUGAUUGCUCGGAGGCUGAAGUGGCUAUUUUAACAUUUUAGGUCACUCCGCCCCUAAAGGAAGGAGCAGAGAUGUGGCAUUACCGUCCCUGUCGAGGUAGACCGCUGCACAGUCUGCUCAGUGUUGUGAUCCGCAAGGCCCGUGUCCUCGCAUAACACGAAGUGAAUGGAGCGGGAAGUAGGCCAAGAUGAGACCAAUUUCUUAUUUUGCUUUCAUUCAGCAGGUCUUCAUUGUGAUGAAGCAGUGGGUAACAGCAGCAGACAAUGCGCUCAUCAUCACCAUAUGAAUAAAGCGCUGUCUUUCCCGACUUCACCGCCGCUGGCCCGUUUAUCUCCUUACAACAGCUCUUCCUCUCUUGUCUGUCCUGUGCCAUGAUAACACUAUCUGUUGAAUGGCUACAUAUCCAGGGUCUCACAGCCAUGAAGACGGCGCCAUGUUGCGUUGAACUGGGAAUAUCUGCAUCUACGGUGCCAUGUUUAGCGUGAGCUCACCGUCAACAAUGCCUGUUCACCCUGGGGAAGAAUGGUUCACUCCACUACUGUUCCCCUUCCAGAGGCAGGGGACAUUAACGCCAGUCUCUGCUGCCUCGUUACGGGGCUGCUGAACCUUUCCAAGAGACCGUCGAUGGAGAACACCUCCAUGGCGAGUGCUUCCCUUGGCUCCCAGUCGACCCCGGAGCCACUCACGCCGACAGCAGAGGCCCUGAAGAGCCUGCAAGGCAUCAGCCUUCCUCUGCAGGUCUUCUUCUGCUUCAUCAUGGUCGCCAUCCUGCUUCUGGCUCUGUUGGGAAACGUGGUGGUGUGCCUGAUGGUGUACCAGAGAUCUGCCAUGCGCUCGGCCAUCAACAUCCUCUUGGCGAGCCUGGCGUUUGCAGACAUGAUGCUGGCCAUCCUGAACAUGCCCUUCGCUCUGGUUACUGUCGUGACCACCAAGUGGAUUUUCGGAGACGUUUUCUGUCGAGUUUCGGCCAUGCUCUUUUGGUUCUUUGUGAUGGAAGGCGUGGCUAUACUGCUUAUAAUAAGCAUAGAUCGUUUUCUUAUUAUUGUCCAGAAGCAAGAUAAGCUGAGCCCGCAGAGAGCCAAAGUGCUCAUCGUGGUCACAUGGGGACUCUCUUUCAUUUUCUCUUUCCCCCUGGCUGUUGGUUCCCCUCCCCUACAGAUCCCUCCCAGGGCCCCUCAGUGUGUAUUUGGCCACAGCGUUGAGCCUGGUUACCAUGCCUAUGUAUUGAUACUAUUGCUAGUCUUCUUCUUUAUACCUUUCAUGGUCAUGCUGUACACAUUUAUGGGGAUCCUGAACACCAUCCGCCACAACGCCAUCCGCAUCCACAGCCACCCAGACAGCAUCUGUCUGAGCCAGGCCAGCAAACUGGGCCUGCUGAGCCUGCAGAGGCCCUUCCAAAUGAACAUAGACAUGAGCUUCAAGACCCGUGCCUUCACCACCAUCCUCAUCCUCUUCUCCGUGUUUACAGUGUGCUGGGCACCCUUUACCGCCUACAGUCUGGUAGCUACCUUCAGCGACGGCUUUUACCACAAAGACAGCUUUUUUCAAAUUAGCACGUGGGUCCUGUGGUUGUGCUACCUCAAGUCAGCCCUCAACCCUCUCAUUUACUACUGGCGGAUCAAGAAAUUCCGCGACGCCUGCCUUGAUCUGAUGCCCAAGUACUUCAAGUUUCUUCCUCAGCUGCCAGGCAACACAAAGAGGCGCAUACAGCCGAGCGCAGUGUACGUGUGUGGAGAGCAUCGCUCUGUGGUUUAAAGGAGAAAUCCAUCCUCAAACACUUUAACACUGUUAAAAACACAUCUUUACAUAUAGUACCUUGCAGUUCUGGGCCUGUUUUGUUGUUUGGUGGUAUACUUCUUUUAGCAGGUGUUGAGAAAUGAAACAGCACUGCAUUACAAAAGGCCAGAGGCUGCGUUGGUGGGGGCGUGUUGCUACAGGUACCAGUGAGAAAAUUAAAUACAAUACAGGAAGUCCAAUUUGAGUUUUAACGCUUAUCAGAUACCAAACACCUGUGCACCGUGGUUUAUAAUACCAUUAAACAGGAUUUUACAACUUUGAAGAGGAGCUGGGUAUUGUUUGAAAUUUUCCGAUACUAGUUCUGAUACCAUACCUGAGUUCCAGUGGUAAAACAGUACUUUUUGAUACCUUACUUGAUGAAUACAAAAGCUUGUUUUAUUUUACAAAAGAAGCCCAACUUUUCAAAUGUUAAAUGUUGAAACACAAACCACUACAUUUUUGACCGUAUGCCACAGCCUUCUAUAAUAAUGGAACUUGCUCAGGUGUGACCAAUACACAGAACUGCAAUCAUGUGUUACCAAGUUGAUAUGGUUGGGAGAUUGUAACCCCUGUCCCAGUUCAGGCUAUGGGAUACAGUUGAAAUGAUCAGAAAUAGUAAGCUAACUUUGAAUUUAGAAUACUUUAUCACAAAUAUGUGUUCUCCCUAGUCAUUGUACUUUUUGAUCAAAAGUAAAUGAAAAAACAACAAAUGUGACCAGACAUUUGAUGUCAGCUUCUGGUAUUUGACAGUUUUUGAUAACCGUGCUACAGACACAAUAUAGUCGGCACUAAAAAGUAUUGAGGUUUUGAUACCCAGCCGUACUCUGGAAGGUUAUAACAAUGAUCAUUUUCUCAUCUUGAAGAUUGCAAUAUAAAGAGUAGAAUUACGCCGUUCUUAUUAGAGAAUAAUCUACCAGUUUGCGCCAAAUAUUUGAUUGACCAGUGCAUUGCAUUGCUGGACACCACUGCAUUAUGGCACUCAAUAGGUCAUGGGAUCUCAAAAAGGUACAAGGCAACUGGACGCACCGUGUGGAAAAUGUUUUGGCCUUUGCUUCCCACUGAAAGGGGAAAAACAUGGCAACUGUACUAAAAGCAGGGCAGUAACAUACUUCAUUGUUUGUAAUAUUCAGUCGGCAGAAGGUCAUUUAGAACCGCUCAUCAUACAGAAGAUGGUCCUGUUUGUAUCUGCUGGCUCCAUUGGAUUCUCAGUUGAUGCACUCAUCUCCACCAACUGCAGCUUCCGCAGUAGGGCUGGGUAUAGUUGCAAAACUCUCAAUACUAGUGUCGAUACAAUACCGGAGUCUUGGGACCAGUACCACAAUAAUGCUUUUUUCAGUACCAGAGUUCUAACUGAAGAUUUUUACGUAAAUGCUGUCAAAUUUAACACUGUCAAAAUAUUUGAUGUCAGCUCUUGAUACUUGAUACUUUUAAAUACUUGAUUCUGUCAACACAUUGCUUUCAGUACAAAUGGUGUUUCAGUUCGAUACCCAGCUCUGCUCAGUAGACCAGAUUGCAGUGCAGCAACAAGACAUUUCCUGCUAAGAAUCCAACCUUUAAUAAACUUGCUGUCUUGUUCCUACGCUAUAGCUCUCUCUCCACCUACUCAACUCACAGUACACACUUCUUCUCUGAGGCUGGUACAAUGUCAUUCUGGGUAAUAAAAGAAACCUUAAAGUGAAGUAGUCAACUGAAGGAAACCAUAAAAGCAAAUUAAAACACUUUAUAACUCUUUGAAUGCACUGAAUGGCUCAUACUGUGUGAAAGUAUAGACAGGUGAAUUUUUCCUUUAAUAUGACUUGACCAUACGUCUUUUCUUGCCACUGAAAACAGUCGUGGGGGAAAGGAUGGUGUGUUUUAGCUGCGUAGAAUUUGUUUUAUGAGGCAUGUAAAUUAACAGCUUAAAUGGAAUUUGAAUAUGGUCAGAAAGUGGCCACAACACAUUUGGACGUGUGUAUUUCUGUUUAAAUGUUUUGGAUGUGCCUAUUGAUUAGUCCAUUUGCCAGUCAGAAUGCUGCUAUAUCUGGUGAAAAUGUGCAAUUUCAGUGUACUGUACUGUUGAAUGUAAUAAAGAAAUAGACAUUUCUUACCUU